CAGAUGCAAAAAUACAAGUCACAGAUGGCCUCCACCACCACACUGUCAUCUGUUUCAGAGUUUGAGACUCAACAGCAAAAAGCCCACAACUUUUUGUUCAAAACCAAAGCAAAGACCUCAGCAGCACAAACAGUGGAACAAGAGUGGAUUUCAUACAUUGCAGAACCAACAUAUCCAAGUGUUGAUGUCCUUGUGUAUUGGCAGGCCUCAAAAGCCAGAUUUCCCACUAUUUAUAACAUAGCAAUUGACAUCUUGCCCAUCCAAAGCUCUGCUGUCUCUUGCAAACAUGUCUUCUCAUUUGGGAAGAUGACAGCCACAGAUCGGCACAACAGAAUGGGCAGAGAUCUAGUGGAAAAGCUGCAAAUGCUGAAGUUUCAGUUCAAACAAGCCACUCUCUAUCUUUCACACAGGGAUUGGGCAUGGAUGAAGAGAUCUUUGACUUGGAAAGCCUUGGAAAGGAGGAGAUAUACUCAUAUAUAG